AUGUGGUUUAUGAAAAGGAACGAGAACUCUGGCGGUCUACCGGUCAUGGAGGACUCAUCGUCGGACAGAGAUGUCGAAAUAGAAUUAGGAAUUCGCCAUUGGAUCCUUAUUGGCAUACACAUUCUAUCACUCAUAGCAGUGACAGCCUCUCUUCAUGUUCGCCUGCCGGAAGCCCAACCUGCAAGCCCAGACAACAGCCGCUUUUCGGAGCUGCGUGCUCGUCGGCUGGUAUUUGAGAUGUCAAACUUUGGUCCAAAACCGGCCGGUUCGCAGGCAUGCGAAGUGUACACAAAGGGAUACAUUUUGAACGAAAUA